GUGGGAUUCAACAACAGCUCAAACCAAUGUGUGUGGAUUUAUCGGAAUGAUGGUUUGCCUUAUUUCAACUUUCUUAUGAAUUAUAAUGGCUAAAGAAGUGCCUCAACUGGUCAAGGCUGCGUUGAGGGCCGUCCUGUUAAGCCAGAAAGGAAUCAAGCAAACAGAUUUGCCGAGGGACUACAAGAAAUUGAAUGACUCGCAACUAGACGUGAAGAAGUAUGGGUUCCAAGACUUAUAUGAAUUUUUGUUGGCUAUUCCCGACGUCGCUAGAUUGGAGUAUUCGCCUAAGGAUGGAGAAAAUAAAGUAUUUGGUGUUGUAGAAAAGGGAAUUUUUAUUUCAGACCAUGCAAAGAAGAACAUGGGAGUUCCAAAUGGAUUAAAACCCCUGCAUCCAUCACAAUGGCCUAGAAAUGUGAACAAAAAUGAAAGAACAUCCGUGAGUACAGAAUCUGACUCCAAGAAGAAGAUAAUGCCAAAUUCCUCAGGUCUCUACGCCAUUCAUGUUAAGAAUUUACCUCCCAACUGCCAGCAGGUAAGGUUGUGUAUUUGUUUACACGGGUGUUGCGCGCGUGGUUUUCAGCAACAAUAUGGCUGAUUACACGCAUGAAACACGCGCGUAAUGUACCAAUCAAUAAUCCAACACCGGCCAUACAUCGGGUAUUUGACUGGAGUUUUGCUCCGUUCAGUGGGGGAUUUGAUCUAAAAUGAGGUCUGCUGGGUUGCGCAUUUGACUUUUGUGUCUUUUGGCCAAACGCUGGUCAGUGAUGCAAGCUAUUCAUGGGUCAUGGCUUCUAUAUUCACUGUUUUGUUGGAGCAUUUGAGAGCCUUUGAAGAAGCCUGUUAAAACUGGGCUUUCUGGGAUGAACAAUAAAUUUUAUUAAAAUAAACAAACCUCUAAAAGACAGCUUUGCGAGACUUAAGUUGCGUUCUAUUGGGAAAUCCGGAUUUAGAUUUUGAAAUCUGGAUUUUGGAUUUUGCAAUGAAUCGUGAAAUGGAUUUCACCUCCGAGAAAUCUGUCCUCGGGGUCAAUUUCAAUUAAGAAAUCCAAAUCCGAAUUUCAUGGAUUUUUUUUUUAUUGUUCGAUUGGGAAAUCUGAAAAAGGAUUUACAAAACUGUUCUCUUUAACAGCGGUCCUCUUUUUGCUAAUUUUGCGUGUACGUACAAGACCGCUUUUCUUAAGGACAGUUUUUCAUAUCCUUUUGCGGAUUUCCCAUUCGAACAGUAAAAAUAAAAAUCCAAUAACAGAUAUCUCAUCAUUGAAAUCCGUUUUCGUAUUUCGCGUUCAAUUGUAAAUCCGAAUUUCGGAUUUUAAAAUCCAAAUCCAGAUUUCCCAAUCGAAUGCACCCUUGAGUUAUUUCAGUUGUGUUUAGUAGGAUAUGACACAAAGGAAAAUUUUUGAAUAGUUACUGGUGGUUGGGGGACUUGACGCUGUUUGAAGUGCUAGGCGGUACGGCAUUUUACCAUCUCAACUGCCAACAUACAUGUACCAGGAAAUUUGACCAAAAUUUGUCAAAAAAGUCAAAUACCCAGGGGUCUGUCUACUGAGGAGGGGGCAGAACAGAACAUAUUUCAGCUGCAUGUCUGCCAACUCUUAUCUUAAAUGUUAGUCUUUUAAAAGAUAUAAUAUUAUAACAUUUAUAAGACAUUUACAAGAUGGUAAAUGCAGUUAAUGGAACAUGAAGCCCCAGGGGGGAGUAGGCUAAGGUAGCCUGCCCCAAUGUAUCCUCUGUUCGAUCUAUGAAUGAAAGCAUUCUAACUUUAAGAUACAAACAAAAGCUGUUCGUGGUUGGAACCUGACUAAUUUGUCGUUUGUUUGUCAUCAUAUUUUUCUUAGCAUUGUGCAGAUUGGUCCCUGUUUUCAAGGCCCUAUUCAUGACUAGACUUUAAUCAUGAUAAGACUAGGUAGCUUAUGGUACAACUGUAUUCAUUGGUCGAGACUUGAGGCACUGUCUAGCUAUAAAGUUCUGCUGUUUCAGACCUGGUCUUUAUUUGUCUAGCUUGCACGAAAGCAAACAGUUACAGUAAUUUUGUUACCCACCCUCCCUCCCUAUGGAGGAGUUUUGUUGUGCUAUGUAUCAAUAAAGAUGGGGGGUCACUCCUUGUGGUGCGGUUAAGUCUGCGUUGUGACUUCCCCCAAGCUUUUGGAAUUUCUUGUGUCUUGCCAUCUUAUUCAUUUGCCUUAGUCUUGUCCAAUCCAGCCGUGCGGCGCUGGGGAGAUAAGAAAGGCUCUGCCAGUACUCUUGUCCUAUGCCAUGGUAGUGGGGCAAUAAGUGGGGCUUGUGUUUUUGCUGUGCGCAUAUCCUGAAGUUGCUAGAACCUGCCACAGGGCUGUGUCCCCCUUAUUACGCCAUCUUGUAGUAAUUGUCUUAUUUGCCUGCAUGCGCUAUUUAGUUUGUGUUACCUUUUCAUGCGUAUCUUAAGCGGAAUAGUGACAUUAAUUAGGAUUAUGCCAAACAUGUAAGGUUUAAAUACAUUUCCUUCUUGCAGAGUGAUAUAAAGAGCAUCUUUAAGAAUUUCAAAAGCUUGGUUGAAGUUAAGAUUGAGGGUUCUCGUAAUCGGUAAGUUUUUUUCCCUACAUGUUAUUGUAAUAACAUUUUGAUAUGUUGUUCACCCAUAAUACAUUUUGUGAUUAGUGAAUUGUGUCAACCAUUUACUCCUAAGAGUGGCAAAGGUCCCCCAAAAUUAAAUGGUUCCAUUAUUUUGCAAGUACUACACUUUACCAUAGAGCUUACUUUUAAAAGGUAACACCAUGAGAUUUUGUCCACAGAAUAGGAGUAAAAAAAAUGUUGGAUGGGCAAAUAAAUCAUCUUACCAUAACUUUUCUAGAAGUGGAAUGGUUAAGUAUCUUUACUGUACAUUGGAAUCCUGAUUUUUUGAACCACCUUGGGAAAAGCAAAUUGGCUCAAAUUAUUGGCUGAUAUGAAAAAAAUAAUAUGGGGUCAAAUUACGGUGUAGAACGGAAGUUAGGUUCUGAUUAUCAGGUAUUUCAAAAAAUGGAGGGUUUGAGAAAUUGGGAUUGUACUGUAGUUUCUUUCUCGUAGGUAACUUGUUACAUCACAUUUUACUCUUUGAAAUUGGGUCAGCAGUGGUGAAACAAGAUGGCUGCAAUUUUUCUUCAUGCAACAUUUUAAUGUAAUUUUCUAUAUUUUAUGUAAUUUCUGUGUUAAUAUGUCUGCAAAUCAUAUAACUGUAUAAUAUGUGCUAGUGUAACAGCUAUUGCGAGAAAGGUUGUCAGAAAAAAUGUGCAUGGGACAAUCCCUAAAGGUGUUAUGGGAUAUGCUCAAUACACUGUUCCUGACACUAUAGCUGUCGAACCUAUUUUCGUUGCUUUCUUUUAGCGCUCGCAGACAUAUGUCCAUGGCCUCUCCUGCCAUUCUUUCCGAAAUUUCUUUGAAAAACAGUGAACUCAAAACUACCCACAAUACAUAAUUUUGGGGUUGUCGCAUGUGCUUUAUCCAACAACCUUUCUCGAAAUAGCUGCACUAUGUAUAUAUCUGUGUGUUUGUGUGUAUACAGUCUGAUAUGCUGCCAUAUUGUACCCUGCACAAUAAACAUCUUACUGAAUCUGGCUUCUUGACAUUUUUAACUUAUUAGUAACUUAUUUCAGGAAGUCAGUACCCCUUUUAGUAAUUGAUUAAUUUAACAAUACCUUACUUGUAAAAUAACUAUAAUAUGCUUUGGGUACAAUAAAUUUGUUGUUGCUGUUUCCAAAAUUUUUGCCUUGAAAAUCUUAAUAUCAUCUCCCAGGGUAGCCUUUGUACGGUUCUCUACUUAUGGUGAUGCCCUCAAAGUUCUUCGUGAUAUGGAUGGGUUUAAUUUUCAAGGCUUCAGUUUGAUAAUUAAUCCAGCUAUUGAACGAAAUGGUAAAGCUAGCAAGGAUGGAAAAAAGCAAUCUAAGCAAGACUCGGCAAAGAAGAAGGGAAAUUCAGCUACUGCUAAACGCAUAGAGGAUAAGUCACCUCCAAAAAAUGAAUUGCAAACUGUACAGAUUGCUUCCUCUGAGGAUUGGGAGACAGAUGGUGGUUUGGUGUCACCAAAGUCAGAUGUUGCUGGAAAAAACAAGUUUUUUGGCAUGGAAAAUUUAGCUGGUUGUAUAAGUAAAAUGAAUGGUGGUUAUCCUAUUCAUGUUAGUAACUUUCCACCUGGAACUGCCCAGGUAAGUGGAUCACAAAAACAAAUGCAGUCGAACCAGCUGCCAUAAGCUACCACCCAAAAAUAAAAUGCAAAGUUUUAGUUGUCGCUAAUGAGAGGUGGUCAUUUACAAGAAUUGCACCAUAGUGGUCUCUUUCAAAAAGAGGUACAGACACAUUAACAUGUACUUUACGGAAGACACUUCAUUGCAGGCAAUUUCUAAGUUGCAAAAUGUGUGGUUCCGUAAUUAUCAUUGAAGUGUCUUUGGAUACUGUGAGUGACAUAGCAUACACCAAAAUGUGGCCGUGGGCACUUACAGGAGGUGGUCAUUUACAAAAGGUUCUAACUUAAAGGGCUUUGAUUAAGAGAAUUCUGGUAUUUUGGAUGUGUGGUUGCAUGUAGGAGGUGGCUGCUUACGAGAGGUUGUCACAUGUGGUUGGUCGACUUUAUCUAAUGCACAAAUCUUACAAAUUAAUGGGGGUUUCCAGAAAAUAUCCAUACCAUACCACGGAUAGCUUUUUGGAAUUCUGAGGGCAAGGGGGUUCUUUGAACUGGAAAUCUGAAGACACCACCAAAUUGGGUGCAACUGCUGACCUUUAAGGCCCUAAAUUGAGGUGGCGGAAAUGAAAGCUCAAUCGUCCACUCGAUCUAGAUAAUCUUCUGAGUGUACACAUGUUGAUCAGAAGAUAUACUUAUGUUAAUGUUCCGUACUAGUUGGGGCAAUGUAAAGUUAAUGCAGGUUGCAUUUCUUGAACAGUGCUAAGGAGAAAACUUCUAUAGAUUUUCAAAUUUUCAUUGCCCGUGCAGUCAUAAUGACUCCUGUCUGUAACCAGCUGUACUGAAGUGAAGAAGUGGAGUCAUUUGAAAUAUUUUGGCAUAAAAUAAGCCAAAUUGGGCAUAUUUGCGAACUUCCUCUAGUUAUUCUGAAGGGUUUGAUGAAAAACUGGAAAAUCUGAAUGGGAGGGGGGGAGGGGGGUCAUAAUUAUGGAAUUCCGAAGGCAUGGGGGAUGACGCAUUUUGGAUAUUCUGAAGGUAAGGGGUGUGAAAAUGUGGAAGCCUGGAAUCUGGAAUUGCCCGAUGUACACUUUGAGCAAAGUGUGAGGUUAUGGGUUGUUAUUAUUAUUAAACAAAAUUCAAGAUUAUCAGCUUUGCAACUCCUCAGUGUCUUUUCCUUUGUUUUCAGUCAACUCUUAAGCAAAUAUUCAGUGGAUGUGGGAAAGUUAUUCGUGUAGAUGUCCAUGAAAAGUAAGUACCAAGUUUGCACAGUCUCUGACAAUGUGAGUUUAAAUGAUUUUUUUUUUGGAAUAAACGUUUUAUUUUUUAUCUUAACUGUUAUGUUAAGUAUUCUAGAUCUUUGUAUUUGAUUCCUGUACAUGUAGAUAUGCCUUUAUAUACUUUGCAAAAGAAAAAGAGGCCGUGACCACUUUGCAGGCAAUGCAGAAGAAAGUUCGUUUAGGCGACAAAAUUUUGACAGUUACCCCUGCUAUAUCAAAAGAAAAAGCCACAAGGCAGCUUAAUUUGCCAGGUAAGGAAAUAAAUCAUGGUUAAUUCCCUACUUGUGAUAUGGUUGUUUCCAAUUUAACUUGAAAUGAAUUAAAUCUUUAUUCUUAAAUUUGUGAUGAAGUCAAACCAAGAAUGUUACCUUUGUUACACUGUAGAAAGUUUUCAGGCAUUUUUAGUAUAACUGAAAUGCACAACAUUUUGUCAUACAUGUACAUGCUUGUUUCUUUUAGUUUCCCUAAAAAUAAUCUCUAAAGCACAAGACAACAUUACUGUAAAAUUGUGAAUGUCUUUUAAGAGUGUAAAAGGAAUAAAUUUUUGCUACUCAAAAGGGACACAUAUCUGAUAGUAAGGACCUAUGUGGUAUCAAUUAAUUAUUACUUUGAUGUCUUUCCUUAGGAGGUGCACCUGCACUAAGCCGUGGUUCUAGCCAGAGCUCUGUCUCCAGCUGUGAUCCUCAGUCGCCUGUGAACUGCAGCAUUUCUGAAGGUGGAUUUGAAUUAGGCAACAGUGAUCAUGGGUUAACGCAUGCUGGAAUCUUAUGUGAUGUUGUAAAAUCUGUCGUGAACAAAAACAGAACAACUGAUGGGAGUGGGGCUAGAGAAAAACAGAGGACUUACAACAGUGUCUUUGGUGUCACAAAUGAUUUGUGUUUACACGAGGAAAAAGAGAGACAAUGUACAAACGCUUUCGGUGAAAAUGCAUGCUCUAGUGCUAAUUCGGAGUCCUCAAAACAAGGGGUUCCUGUGCGUACACUUUUAAGCUAUGAGGAAAUGUGUGAACUUAUGCAAAGAUGCGGCAAACCGAUGAAAAAUCCAAAUAGUAUUGCUUUAGAUGAGUUCGAGGUUCUUGUGACAGAAGUGAUUGAUUCUUGCCAUUUCUGGGCUAAUGUUGAUGAUCAGGUGAGAGAUUUCGAUGUUUAAUUGUAUACAUCACAUUACAUACAUUGACACAGUGUUAUCAUCAUCAUCAUCAUCAUCAUCGUUUGUCGAUUUUAACAAAGUAUUGCAUUUACCAGGACAGCUGCGUGCAAAAAAAUAUGGCUGUUGAAAUGUUCAUGAAACAAUUUGCUAAUGUAAAAGAAAAAAAUGAUGUUUUUAUAUGCAGAGUGGGAGUUACAUGGAGCUGCAACAAGUCAAAACUGAUCUUCAGAUUGUGGAACAUCACAAAAGGUGUAUGCCUGUCAAGUAUCAACUUGGUGCUGCCAGGUACUCAGAGGACAACAAGUGGUACAGGUACUGAUUUCAUUCAAUCAUUCAAGUUAAUUUACAAUUUUGCCAACGUUUGGUUCAAGAAAAGAAGUACUCAAUUAGUAAAAAAAGAGUGUCAGUUGUCGCCUGUGAAAACAUCCAUUUCUCCUUGCUCUUAGCCACUGGGGACGUUUCGUGCAGAGGAACGUCUGUGACUCAGGGGCAGAAAUUCCAUACUGAUGAUGCAAAUCAAUGUCCGGCAGUCAGGUAGCCUCCCACGCAGACAUUCUUAGGGCUCCAAAUAUAAAUUUGUCCAAAAAAAAUUUGUGUCUUCUGGUCGAUUUUGGCAAAGUGUUGUGCUCAUCUGUCAACGAGCUUCAGCGAAACUCAAAUGCUUCCUCUAGAGGAGACUAUAUUCCACAAAUAUUGACAGUUUUGUUAGAGAUUCUUCUCGUUUACAUUUGACCUUUGUCACCUUUUGUCUUUUUUCUGUCAUUCAUAAACAAUAACUAGAACAAUGUAACCACUCCGUCGACCGAUCAGAGCUUCUGACCGGAUUCCGGAAAGAUUUUACGUCAUCAGUAUGGAAUUUCUGUCGCUGAGUCGCAGAUGUUCCUCCGCACGAAACGUCCCUAGCGGUAAAGAGCGAGGAGAAACAGAUGUUUUUGCAGGCUAUGUCAGCUGCCCAUAAGAAAACCAGUGACGAUUAUGUGUUAGUUGGUAACUUUAAAGAAGAAUUGUAGCUGGCAACAUGCAAAGCCCAGACUUUCCAAAUCAGGUUAUGAUUAGUUACAACUUUUUUUUAGCAGCUGUUGUGUUACUAUACAAUCUGGUACUGAGGUAUGAAAAUGAAGCAAAAGAAAUUUUGUGUCAUCAUAUGUACUUAACUUCUCCCCACGUGUGCAUAACAUUUCAAAGAACAGCUGAUAAGAGACUCCACGUUCUUUUUCUUCACUAAUUUUUGGUAUUUGGAACAAAAUAAGAAGUAAGUCUGCUUAGGCACCUUAAUAGUGUCCUUAUAAUGAGUUUUACCGUACAUUAGGCACAGAGACAAGAGGUUAAUGUCUUCGCCUCAACUCAUGCCUGGUGCCAUAAUUUUGCAAAGUAACAGAUUCACUCAUUGAUCAAAUGUCAUUAUUUCAACUAGAUGUUGGUGUUUGGAAGUAUCAUCAGUGGCAAGGAAAGAAGUUAAAGUGUUUUACAUUGAUUAUGGCAACUGUGAAUGGAUUUCAUGGGACCAAUUUACAGAUAUACAUAAGAGAUUUUGGGACUUAGCUCCGCAAGCCAUACCUUUUAAGCUGGCUGGUGAGUUGAAUUUUUGGUGAUCUUUAAACCCUAAUGUUUGUCGCUUUUUAUGUUCAUUCUUUUACUAAAGGGAGGUGUUGCCAUCUCUCCUUGCUUCUUGCUGCUUUGAAGGUUUCACAGGAGAGACAUCUGCGGCUCAAUGAAAAAAAUCCCUUACUGAUGUCGUUAACUCUAUCUACAGUCUGGUCAGGAGCUCUGACUGUUUUUGACAUACAGUAGUAGUUAUAUUGUUUUAACUGUUGUUUACGAAUGAUAGCCUCCCCGCAGACGUCCUUUGGGGUUCAUUUGUCACGCUGCGUGACAAACGAACCCCAAAGGACGUCUGCGGGGAGUCUAUACGAAUGACAGAAAUCUGACAAAACCUCAAUAGUGUGUCCAUGAAUCUACUACAAAUAGCCUUUAUUCGUGGAAUAUAUUCAUCUUUUGACAAAGGCAUUUAAGUUUUGCUUCUGGGCAUCCUCAGAAGAACACAAAAGGUAUCUGCAAUAGACCAUGGCUUCCAGAUUAACUAUAUACUUCAUCUGUAUGGAAUUUUGGUCACUGGCUUUCCCUCAAAACAUCCUUAGCAUCAAGGUCGGGGCGAGGAGAGAAGGCUGUAUUUGCAGACUACAAUUACCAGUGAACAUUCUUGAUAGUUGUGUUUGUGUGCCUUUUUUUAGGUCUGGAGCUUGCAUCUAAUUUGGGACCAAAUAUAGCAAAUGAAGGGUCCAUAUACUUGAGGAAUUUGAUUUGUGAUAAAGUUUGCAGGGCACGGAAGAUAAAGCAGCAGGAGUCAAAUCAGGUAGCUGAUUGACUAUGUGGAAGUUUAAAAAAAGUAUCUUAAAAAAAAUAUGCAAAAAAGUUAAAAUGAUGGUUAUUGUGCAGUAUUUCCAUUUGGAGUUUCACAAUAUUUGGAGAAAGCGGACUUGAAAUUGUAAUUAAGGACUCUCAGUCAUCUAAAUUGAAAAGAAAGAUACAUUUGUAUUAGAUGGUAGUAACAAAGGGAAAACGAAGCAUUAUCAGUUUAAAAGCAAAUAUAGUAGUUGGACAAUCUUUGUUAAAACUUGAUAAUUAUGGCAGGGUUUUCUUUGAUUCCAUUAUGUUUUUAGGGUUUUACGGUAAUUCGUGGUGUGCAACCACGUGACAAGGCGGCGAUGUUGGGGGUCAAUACAAAAGAAUUUUUUCUCGAAGAAUUUACAUGAAAAUAGAGUUAAGUUUUCAGAGGAGAGAAAUGCUUUUGUUCUUGACCACCAACAUGGCUGCCGUGACAUCACGUACAAACUAUCAGUAUCAAAAAUAUGACGAAGUCUUUUAAAGGUUAGGUAAAACGGUUGACAAAAACGUGCAACUUGUUUUGCAACAUUGCAGCAAAACGAGUGUAAAAGCGUUGCUGUGCGUUUUACGAGCCCCAUUCAAACCUGUCUUGCAAGAAAUCAACUUUUUGCAAGUUGCGAAAAGUUGUUGCAGAAAUUAGAAAGUAGUUAGUUUUUGCAACAAAAUCUGUACAUGUUUCGCGUUUUGCUGGCUCGAGGUAGCAGCAAUUGACUUAAACUCGCGUGUAUGACGCGACUCCCCCGUAAUUUUAUCCAAUCAGAAGCCUAACAGUAUUCACGCAACUUGCAACAACUGGAUUUGUUGCAAAACUGGUUUUAUUCUUGGGUGGUAAAACGUGCAGCAUCUUUGCGAAGCAAUGUUGCAAAACAAGUUGCACUUUUCUGUUGCCCAUUUUACCGUAGCUUAAAUUUGUUGUGUCCAAUACCAGUAAAAUUAAUAAUGUUUCCGAAAGGUUGAGUGGUAAAUACAACAAGCCCUGUCAUGUACACCUAUAUAACCUUUAUUUUAAUAGGGUGACACCAAUUACUAUGAAAGGUAUUCUCCAUAGUGGCCCUCAAACAAAAUUGAUAAUAUUAAAAUUACAGCAAUCGUGAUAAAAAGCCUAUUUACAAGUAGUGAUUAUAAUAUAAAAAGAUCUUACAAAUUCUAGAGAUUUAAAAAUUGAGAGAUGUUAAACACGGAAGUGAAUAUAUUGGUAAAAGAGGGAAUCCAAUCUACAAUGAUAUUAAAAAAGCGCCCCGGAUUUUUUAAAAACCAGAGUAACUUUUUAACUUUAAAAUUUUCCACCGUAUAGUUUGAGUAUUAUACAACCUUAAGAUGCAUUUGCCAUUUGCAUGUCUCCCAGAAUGUAUUUUGUUUGUCCCACCAAAAUUUUUUCAUAGGCAUUAUCUUUAAUUCCCCCUGGGAUGACAGUAAUAUGCAGAAGAAAUAUUAAAAGCAAAUAUUAUGCAAACUUUUAGGGGGCAAACAAAGUGUAUGAUGGGAGAUGUGCAAAUGGCGAAUGCUAAAUUAUUACAAAUAUAUUAUAGGAACAUGUUACAGAAGUUGAAUUGACUCUUAAAGAAGGCAAAAUAUCAGUGAAUGACCGGAUGGCUCUCACAAGAUACGUUAACGGGAGAACAGUAAUACCAAACCUGAAACAACCCUUCCAAGAGUCUGAUCCAUUGUCAUCCCAUCAAACCACUGUUACUCGGCCCACACAGGAGUCUGAGAGUCGUCACAUUCCACCACAUCCAUUUAUGAGAGUAGCUGCCCAGAAGACUCAUCAAUCUACACAAGUACCCCAAUCAGCCAAUCAGCUGGAUACCCAGUCAGCUGCACAGUUUACCCAAUCAGCUUCAAAGAUGACCAACACUACCACACCUCUUACUGAUCAAUCAGGAGGCCACGACCUCUUACCUAGGAAAGAGUCAUCAGCAUCAACUGACCAAGCACAGAUGAGCAAAAGUCCUUUUUCAUCGCCUCAAGGAAGCCGAGGGAAAUGUGAACAUCAGCGUCAACAACAAUUGCUGCCAAAUCAGCUGUUUGAGAAGUCAGAAAUUAUGGACGUCUUCCUUUCAAAUGUAGGUCAAUACUUGUGUGAUAUUGGAGUACAACGAUUUUGAAAACUUAUCGUCUUAGUGUAUUACCUUGAAUGAUAGCCAUGAUCCCUCAAUUUCAAAUACAAUGUACAAUCCUUUCAGCAUUCCUCAGAUGCUAUCACAGCUUUUUCUCGGUCUUUGAAUGUUGAUGCUAAAGUGGAGUCCAAUCCUUUUAAAACUUAUAGUGAAAUAACUAUAAAUCGAGAGUUUUUUUAAAGUCAAUGUUAGGCUUAUUCAGUCUUGAAGAAACUGUCAUUGGGGGAGCCCACAUUCCUGAUCCUCAGGUUGCUAUUACAACAAAAACAACAACAACAAUUUAUUUAUUUAGUGAAAUAUAAAGUUACAAUACUUUAUGUCCUGCAAAUAGUUAUAAUGCUAAUCUAGGCAGGACAAGACGUUAAUAAAGAUAUAAAAUUACAUAUGCGUGACACGCAUUUGGCCAGCAUUCGUUUGGACUUCCACUAAGAAUGAAUGGAAUGCAUAGAUCGCUAUCUGACCACGUGAGUUUGGACUUUUUAUCACGUGAAAUUUACGCAAAGCACAUCGCUGGAACAAGCCGAAUAUCUGCCUCGCUCUCACUAAUCUUUUCGUUUAUUGGUGUAUUGUAAUAGUAACUUUAGUUGUACAGAUGAUUAAUAGAUAUCUUUCUCUACAGAUUGAAAGUCUUGAUGAUAUCUAUUUCUUCUUGGCUGACAAAGAUACGGAAUUUUCCCUUAAGAAAAUUCAGUAUUUGUUAAAAGACUGCGUCAAUCCUUCUUCUGCAGGAAAGGUAAAAGUAAAAAAAAAAAAGACACUUAAUGGGCUUUCCGCUUUUCAAAACUAACGUUCGUGUUCUUCACUGUCUGCCGUCAAUCAUCUUAGCUGACGUCUUGCGAAACAAGUUUUCUUCAACGAGUUCAAAAGGUCACGGUUUGUGAUUGGUAGAUUUCGAUACGUUUUGUGUUUCAGGGUUCGUUGUUUGUGAUCGUAAUUAUGAUUGACGGUAGCGAAAAACGCAAUUGUAAAGGUCAGAGUUCACGCGUUAUUGAAAAGUUAGCUUUUAAUUCCUUUUGGACAAGAAAAAGAUGGGACAAUCUUAACAUUUAUUUUUUGCUCUCUUUUCUACCCAUUCUUUAUCUUUUGUCCAUUUUCUUUUCUUUUGCUGGGCUUUCACUAAGCUCCCUUUGUGAAAAAAGAGACGAUGGUGGACUAUUUCUGUGCCGGGAGUAUUUGACGUUAUAAAAGGGUAAUACCUUGGCUUGCUUUUAAAGUAGAGAAAAACUGGUAUUGGGCUUGCACCUUUAGAAAAACUCCAUCGCACGAUAUUGGGCUUAAAGUUAUUACUUUUUUUUAUCAGUUGUAAAAGUUUUGGUGACUUUUUUUGGCUUAAAGCUUGGUCAAAUUCUAGUCGUCGUCCUAACGAAACAUUUUACCAACAAAAAUAAACGAUGAUCACAAAAGGUUCACGUAAUACUUCUUUGGAAAUGCUGUGUGAUGUCGU